AGAAUUUCAAAGCAUUAACGAAAAAUGACAAACUGUAAUAAAUUAAACAGCAAGCAGAAGGAUAUAAUGGCUCAUUUCAUGAGUGAGCACACAGAUUUGGCCAAAAAUUCCUUGCCGAAUUGUGCACAAGGAAGGUCGACUGCCAACCGACUUUGGGAAGAGCUCAGCAAGCAGUUAAAUGCGGAAGGACCGCCAAUAAAAAAUGCGAAGUUGUGGAAAAAAGUGUACGCAGAUCAGAAGUAUAAUGCGAAAAGAAAGUUGUCCUUCAACAAAAGUUCAAAAAGGCAGACAGGCGGAGGACCUUACCAGCAGAGGGCUUUAACUCCAGCUGAGGAGCUAAUAGUUGAAGCUGCUGGUCUUGAAGCAUCUGUUUCAGGAAACCGCAUGGUGCAAACAUACGGUAGUUCACAACCUGCACCAGUCGCAGUUGCUUCAAGACCAGCAUCAAGUGCUUCGGCCUCAAGCAGGAGUGUUCCAAGUCGUUCCUCCUCCAACAGCCCUGCUUCCUGUACGCCUUCUCGUCUAGUCGUUCCAACUCCACGAAGAAGGACAACAAAUAAAGCUUCGCUGCUGGAAGAAAAUAUUAAAUUGACAGCAGAUCACCAUAAAGAUAUGGGGCAGAAAAUAGAUAGGCUGCUUCAAAUUAAGGAGAGGCAAUUAGAGAUUGACGAGAGGCAGCUUGAAAUAAGCGAACGACAGCUAGCUGUCUCUAGCAGGAUUUUGGCGAUGAAGGAGGAGAAGCACCGAGCUAUAAUAGCUGUUAAAGAAAUUGACUUAAAAAUAAAGAGCAUUGAAUUAAACCAAUUGAAGGUCAAAGAAAAAAAAUAG